CCGCCGUCGCCGCCGCCAACACUGAAACUCGGACCAAGUUGCGUGGCGAAUCAGAGCAUGUCUAUGUCUCGGCGAGGAGGCAGUGCACCAGGGUACAUACGGUAGGUACGGAAGUGCUCUAGGUAGGUUAGGUACGGUCACUCUAUGGUUAGUUUUACGGCAGACAGGAAAGAGGAAAGGAUAGGAAAGCGCAGGGCGAGCAAAAAAAACAAAAACGAAAACAAAUACCGGACAAAUCAGGUACCGAAUAAAAAUGGAAGAGAAAAAAAAAAGCGGCGCAAAACCCGUAAUUGUUUACCGCGCCGGAGUGUUUCGAAAGGCGGAGGUGUUCGGGCGGCUUCCACGUCCAGGCCCCAGGGCGACCAAAGUACCUAAGCCUGUAACCAACUGCCUGGGGGGAUAGUUAAUGCCUUCUUUCUUUCUUUCUUUCGUUUUCCCUUUCUUCCUUCCUUCUUUUCUUCCCUUAUGGACGGACGAGACGAGUGGACAAGAAUCCAGCAGGAGCGGAAACGUGAAACGAAAACCGAACCAAACCCCUGCGUGUGCAACUCCUGAUGCCUUGAUGAAUGCACAUCAAUCUAUCCAAUCCGAACAGAGAGGAAGGCGCUGGUCGGGGGAGGGGGAAGAGUCCAGCGCGAAACUCCAGCUGCGAGAUCCCCACCGAGCGGCGAGAAGCCCCGGGGAAAUCCUAUGUACAUAUCGAAUUUGUUCCGUAAGUAGGUAGGAAGGUACGGUAGUCGGGGAAGCUCGACUCUCAAGCAGUAAGCACAUCUCGGGUCUUGUCCCAAAGACGUCCAGGCGGCCGGGAAGAUGCUCACUCUUUCUGGCCUAUGUAUAUAGUAGUGUUCGGUCAGCGGAACUAAUUAUCACAAGCUAAGGAGGUAGAUACUUCUUAUGUAUGUACUGGAUCCACAAACAGAGCCUGGCCAUCCUAUCCUGUGGAAUACAUAUGUUGCGGCCAUGUGGAGUAAUUCGGCUCUGCUAGUAUUGGUAGUUAGUAGGAACAUUGACGUCCCAAUCGUGCAUAGGUCCAGGUUACCGGAAAUCGGAAAAGGGG